GUUUAUGUAAGCAAACAUGCUCCUUUUAUUCAGAUAACUGAGCAUUUCCCGUAUUCAGCUUCCGUACUUCAUUACUGUGAAUUUCUCUACAUUCCACUUCACAGAAUAUUUUCGAUUGUUUUUGGAUUUUUUGAAUUCCUUUCAAGAUUUUGUGGAUUUGGACACUACGUUACUGUUUUCAAAAAACGCUUGAAUCCGUGGUCUAUUGGAAAUUUCGUUGAGCAAGAAGAGACGCGAUAUUUAUAGCAGUUUCAGUUUUGAUUUAUUCUUUUCUUUUACUUUACAUUUAGAAACUGUUGUACUUUUAACAGGAAAAAUGGGAUGUGCAGAUGUCAAGCAAUUGCUCUUAUGUACUGGAGAUGUGACCAAGAAUUUAAAGUCAGGGAUUUGGAAUACUUCUCGUUCAGCAUCCAAUUUAGAGUUAAUUAAGGCAUUAGAAAAUGGCAACUUUCAAGAAUUAAAGGAUACUGGAGACGUCGCAGACUCUCACACUAAAAUAUUUGUCGCCCCAAAUGAUCCCCUUCAAAACCUAGAUGGUAAAGCUGACGACUAUGAAAUAAUUGCGAAGCUGUUCUUUUUGGAUGGAAAAAAUAUCAAUGUUGAGAAUAGGCGUGAGACGACCGAUCAAGUAUUCCAGUAUCUGAACCAAUUGUUGGGUAUCCAGGAAGUUUCCACACUUGUGGUCUCUUUCCCCAACGUGGCAUUUUCAAAAAAAAACUUAAAGGAUACUCCAGAUUCGCAGGUAUAUUCUUCCAUAGACCAAAUUCCUAAAGAAGAGAUCCAGUCUUGGAUCGAUACCUGGAAAAUUUUUGAAGAAAAAGUUCGCCAGGGGAAAAUAGGGACUUUAGGAAUCAGUGAAUUUGGUGUUCCUGAGCUGGAGCAAUUAAUUCCCAAUGUAGAGAUUUCUCCUGAAUCUACUCAAAUCAACACUGGAGGUCUGUGUGAGCUUCCCUUAGACUUGACAAAGUAUACUGAGCAGAAACGUCUAAAAGUUUUCUUACAUUCAGACCCUGCCGCGUUAAUUGAUGAAAAGGAAAUCACGGAAGCAAUUCGUCACGCAUGUCCUAAUUUCCCAAUACGAGCUCGUGCGGAUUGGGUUGUGCGAUAUACGAUUCUUUCUAGAAAAACAUCUGUCAUUCACAGAAAAGGUUACUUCGUGAAAGGAAGUUUAAUUUGAAUGAACGCACGUUUUUGAGAGUGCGUAUAAUAGCUUUAUGUGGUCGACAUGGAUAUUUUAUGAUUGUUAACUUCUAUAAUAUAGCUGAUUAUUAAUGUACAAAUUUAUCCUGGUUUUAUAAUUCCUCUUUUGUUUGUGAAGUGUAUUUGAUUCAGUCUAGCGUUUUUUCAAUGGACUACAACUAUUGGCA